GGAGCCGGAGCCUCGCUCGCUCCUUCGCUCGCGCUCUCCGUGCUCGGUCCCCGGCGGCAGCAGGAGCCUGGACCCAGGCGCCGCCGGCGGGCGUGAGGCGCCGGAGCCCGGCCUCGUGGUGCAUACCGGAUCCCUGUGCGCUUGUAGUAAGGAGCCUGUGCCCCAGAGAGUCCCGGGUGGCACCCGGCGCUCCAGGCCAUGCAGCCACGGCCACCACGUAGCUCGCAGCGGCGGUAGCGCCCCCUGUGAAGCGGCCCGCGAUGCCCCUACCGCUGUGAACUCUGCAGCCCGCCCGAACACUCUCCGCCCGGGACCGGCUGUACUUCGGACACGCUCGACUCUGAGCGCCAGCGACAAGCGACGAGGAGUCCAGAGAGCUGCAAGCUCGGAGAAGGCCUCCCCGCACAGGUGGGGGAAGCCGGCCGGUGCAGCGCGGGGACAGACACUCGGGCUGGCGCUGGCGGCUAGGCAUGUUGUCCUGGACGAGGUGGCGUGGACCCGCCAUGGCGCGGCUUUGGGGCUUCUGCUGGCUGGUUGCGGGCUUCUGGAGGGCCGCCCUCUCCUGCCCCACGUCCUGCAAAUGCAGCUCCUCUCGGAUCUGGUGCAGCGACCCUUCUGCCGGCAUCGUGGCAUUUCCGAGGCUGGAGCCUAACAGUGUAGACGCUGAGAACAUCACCGAAAUUUUCAUUGCAAAUCAGAAAAGGUUAGAAAUCAUCAAUGAAGAUGAUGUCGAAGCUUACGUGGGACUGAAAAAUCUGACAAUUGUGGACUCUGGAUUAAAAUUUGUCGCUCACAAAGCAUUUCUUAAAAACAGCAACCUGCAGCACAUCAAUUUUACCCGAAAUAAGCUGACGAGUUUGUCUAGGAAGCAUUUCCGUCACCUUGACUUGUCUGAGCUGAUCCUGGUGGGCAAUCCAUUUACAUGCUCCUGUGACAUAAUGUGGAUCAAGGCUCUCCAAGAGACUAAAUUCAGUCCAGAAACUCAGGAUUUGUACUGCCUGGAUGAAAGCAGCAAGAAUAUUCCCCUGGCAAAUCUGCAGAUACCCAAUUGUGGUUUGCCAUCUGCAAAUUUGGCUGCACCUAACCUCACCGUGGAGGAAGGAAAGUCUAUCACGUUAUCUUGCACUGUGACAGGUGACCCGGUUCCUGUUAUGUACUGGGAUGUUGGUAACCUGGUUUCCAAACAUAUGAAUGAAACAAUCAACACACAGGGCUCCUUAAGGAUAACUAACAUUUCAUCUGAUGACAGUGGAAAGCAAAUCUCUUGUGUGGCGGAAAAUCUUGUAGGAGAAGAUCAGGAUUCUGUGAACCUCACUGUGCAUUUUGCACCAACUAUCACAUUUCUCGAAUCUCCAACCUCAGACCACCACUGGUGCAUUCCAUUCACUGUGAAAGGCAACCCCAAACCAGCGCUUCAGUGGUUCUAUAAUGGGGCAAUAUUGAAUGAGUCCAAAUACAUCUGUACUAAAAUACAUGUUACCAAUCACACGGAAUACCACGGCUGCCUCCAGCUGGAUAAUCCUACUCACAUGAACAAUGGGGACUACACUCUAAUAGCCAAGAACGAGUAUGGGAAGGAUGAGAAACAGAUUUCUGCCCACUUCAUGGGCUGGCCUGGAAUUGAUGAUGGUGCAAACCCGAAUUAUCCUGAUGUAAUUUAUGAAGAUUAUGGGACUGUAGCAAAUGAUGUCGAUGACACUACCAACAGAAGUAACGAAAUACCUUCCACUGGUGUUGCUGACUCAACUGGUCGGGAACAUCUCUCGGUGUAUGCUGUGGUGGUAAUUGCAUCUGUGGUGGGAUUUUGUCUGCUAGUAAUGCUGUUUCUGCUUAAGUUGGCAAGACACUCCAAGUUUGGCAUGAAAGAUUUCUCAUGGUUUGGAUUUGGGAAAGUAAAAUCAAGACAAGGUAUUGGCCCAGCUUCAGUUAUCAGCAAUGACGAUGACUCUGCCAGCCCACUGCACCAUAUCUCCAAUGGGAGUAACACCCCCUCUUCUUCGGAGGGUGGCCCGGAUGCUGUCAUUAUUGGAAUGACCAAAAUCCCUGUCAUUGAAAAUCCCCAGUACUUUGGCAUCACCAACAGUCAGCUCAAGCCAGACACAUUUGUUCAGCACAUCAAGCGACAUAACAUUGUUCUGAAAAGGGAGCUAGGCGAAGGAGCCUUUGGAAAAGUUUUCCUAGCUGAAUGCUAUAACCUCUGUCCUGAACAGGACAAGAUCUUGGUGGCAGUGAAGACGCUGAAGGACGCCAGUGACAAUGCACGCAAGGACUUCCACCGCGAGGCCGAGCUGCUGACCAACCUCCAGCACGAGCACAUUGUCAAGUUCUACGGGGUCUGCGUGGAGGGCGACCCGCUCAUCAUGGUCUUUGAGUACAUGAAGCAUGGGGACCUCAAUAAGUUCCUCAGGGCACACGGACCUGACGCCGUGCUGAUGGCCGAAGGCAACCCACCGACAGAGCUGACGCAGUCACAGAUGCUGCACAUAGCCCAGCAGAUCGCCGCCGGCAUGGUCUACCUGGCAUCCCAGCACUUUGUGCACCGUGACCUCGCCACCCGGAACUGCCUGGUCGGGGAGAACCUGCUGGUGAAGAUCGGGGACUUUGGGAUGUCCCGGGACGUGUACAGCACUGACUACUAUAGGGUCGGUGGCCACACGAUGCUGCCCAUCAGAUGGAUGCCCCCCGAGAGCAUCAUGUACAGGAAGUUCACUACAGAGAGUGACGUCUGGAGCCUGGGGGUCGUGUUGUGGGAGAUCUUCACCUAUGGCAAACAGCCCUGGUACCAGCUGUCCAACAACGAGGUGAUAGAAUGCAUCACUCAGGGCCGAGUCCUGCAGCGACCCCGCACGUGCCCCCAGGAGGUGUAUGAGCUGAUGCUGGGGUGCUGGCAGCGAGAGCCCCACAUGAGGAAGAACAUCAAGGGCAUCCACACCCUCCUUCAGAACUUGGCCAAGGCAUCUCCUGUCUACCUGGAUAUUCUAGGCUAGGGCCCUUUCCCCCAGACCAAUCCUUCCCAACGCACUCCUCAGACGGGCCGAGAGGACGAACAUCUUUUAACUGCCACUGGAAGCCAGGAGCUGCUCUCCUUACUCUGAUGGUACUAACAGCAGAGACACCGAGACUUUCUCAGAGGGAAGCAGUGUGUACUUCUCCAUCCGUAGACACAGUGUUGACUUCUUUUUGGCAUUAUCUCUUUCUCUCUCUCCAUCUCCCUUGGUUUGUUCCUUUUAUUUAUUUUUUCAUUUCUUUUACUUUUUUUUUCCUCUUUAUUUGGUUGGUCUUCCCUGUUUCCCAGUUCUUACCCUCUCUUUUUAACCAAUCUGGCUUCUGCAUUACUAUUAACUCUGCAUAGACAAAGGCCUUAACAAACCCAAUUUGUUAUAUCAGCAGACACUUCAGUUUGCCCACCACAACUAACAAUGCCUUGUUGUAUUCCUGCCUUUGAUGUGGAUGAAAAAAAGGGAAAACAAAUAUUUGACUUAAACUUUGUCACUUCCGCUGUACAGACAUCGAGAGUUUCUAUGGAUUCACUUCUAUUUAUUUAUUAUUAUUACCGUUCUUAUUGUUUUUGGAUGGCUUAAGCCUGUGUGUGAAAAGGAAAACUUGUGUUCAAUCUGGGAAGCCUUUAUCUAUGGGAGAUUAAAAAACAGAGAGAAAGAAGAUUUGUUCUAAACUGCUGUAUGGGAGGAACAAAGAUAACCAUUGGGAUCAGCUAGCAUCAGUCCCAACGUAGGAAUAACCCGGCAACUGGUAGCUGGGAGGAAUGUAUUCGGCACCUUCCCCUGAGGACCUUUCUGAGGAGUAAAAAGACUGUUGAACUCGGUGCCAUGGACUAUUCUUUUCCCGUCACUGGAAAUACGGAGUGCAGUAGAGAGAAAAGAUGGCUUCCGUGAGACACGAGACGGCACAGCCUGUGCUGUCUUGUCUUUGUAGGUCACCGUGAUAGCACUGGUUUGUUUUCCAAGUGUUAUCCGCUGAUCUUUGGUCAAGUUGAGUCAAAAAUGGGCGGAUUGGUGUCCAGAGAUCAUUUCAGGAUCAGGUGGGAAAACC